AUGCGCAGCGACGAUGACAAUGACGCAGUAGCCAUUGAUUGGGGAGCUGAUCCGCUUAUUCUUGGUGUGAUUAGUGGGGAUGGUGAAGAAGAUAAUGCAGACCAGAACAGUGCUAAAGAAGACGACAGUUCAGAUUCUGCGUUUAUGGAUGAGAAUGGUGAUGCGGAUGGGGAUGAGAUGGGUUUGGUGGGUGGCAAUGCGAAUGACAUAAAAUACGCCGAUUUUUUUGAUCCCCCUCAUUCCCAUGCUCGAAAGGGACGACAGGCCUGCCCCGUGUCAAAAUCAAAAUCUCCCACUCCCGAUGAAGAUAUCGAAGCUAGUAUUCGUCGUGCUAUUUACGAUGUACAGCGUGAUCUUUUCGAUGAUGAUCCGCCCGACAACGACGAGGAAAUGGGCGCCCUCUCGCAACCAAAUAGAGCACCUCAGUCAUCCCAUGAGAAAAGGCAAGCCAGUAUCACAGACGAAAUACGACGACUGGAAGCGGCGAAUGUCUCCAAAAGAGAAUGGAUGUUGUCAGGGGAAGCAAAGGCACCGGAUCGGCCAAUAAACUCGCUGAUCGAAGAGGAUAUCGAGUUUGAACGUGUUGGAAAACCUGUACCUGUUAUCUCAAGUCAAGUAUCCAAUGAUAUUGAAACGCUUAUCAAGCGACGUAUAUUAUCUAAGGAGUUUGAUGAAGUCCCGCGUCGCCAACCAUAUAUCCUAGGUAGUGAAGUCCAUCAUAAGCGUGAACAAUUUACGCUUGAUGAGACAAAACCACAGCAAAGUUUAGCGGAACUAUACGAGGAAGAUCACCUCCGAAUAGCGGAUUCCGCCUUUGUGGACCGGAAGAGCGAAAAGUUGAAGGGUGACUAUGAAGAGAUUGCGCGACUCUGGAGUGGCAUCAGCUCUCAAUUAGAUACACUUGCAAGCUGGCACCACAAGCCAAAACCACCGCAAGCAAACAUUAAUGUCGUCACUGAUGUCGCCACCAUUGCGAUGGAGGAUGCAAGGCCAACGGGUGGAGCAGGAAUAGAUACCUCCGGCAUGCUUGCACCGCAGGAAAUGUAUGCCCCUGGCGAUGAGGGCAAGAUAUGGGGGGAAAUUGCCCUUAAGAACGGGAUGGCAGUGUCUAUUGAAGAGAUGCCGCGGGAAGUCAAGCUGCGACGACGGAGACGCGAGAAGCAAAAACUGAAAAAAAAUUCUUCUCAGCCCGUACUUACUGGAAAACAAGCUGAGAAACAGAAGAUAGUUUCUGACUUGAACAAAGGUGGUGUUAAAGUCAUUGGAAACAAGGGUGAUCUUAAAGAUGUAUACGGCAAUAAGGUGUCUUCUAACGAAUAUAAAGCGCCAGUUAUUUUAAAGCUAUAG